AUGUCGGCGACCAGGCUGCUCCGCGGCCUCCGGCCGCCUGUCCGCCGCCUCUCCAGCGUGCAGGUGUUCGAUCGGCGGCUGAAGGCGUGGCAGCGCGACGCCGCCGCCGCCGCAUCGGACUACGACCGCUACGCCUACCUGCGCGACGAGGUCGCGAACCGGCUGGUCGAACGGCUCGACGACAUCCACGAGUCCUACUCGUUUGCAGAGGUGGUCGACCUGGGCUGCGGGUCCGGCCACGUGCGGCGCGCGCUCGGCGCCCUCGGCAACGACCGCGGCAUCCGGCGCCUCCGUGAGAUCGACUGUUCCGCGCGGAUGCUGCGCCGCUCUGCGGACGACGCCGCCGGGCCGUCGCCGCCGGUGCACGGGGCGGAGGGCACGCCGUUCGAGGUGGAGCAGGCGUGCCUGGACGAGGAGGAGGUGGUCCUCGAGCGCGAGUCGGUCGACCUCGUCGUCUGCUCGAUGGCUCUCCACUGGAUCAACGACCUGCCGGGCACGCUCAAGAUGGUGCGGCGCGCCCUCAAGCCGAACGGGCUCUUCCUGUGCGCCUUCCUCGGCGGCGAGACGCUGGCGGAGAUGCGGUCCGCCUUUGUCCUCGCCGAUCUCGAGCGGCGCGGCGGCGUCUCGCAGCACAUGUCCCCGCUCGUCUCGAUGGCGGACGCUGGAGCGCUGCUGCAGGCGUCGGGCCUCGCUCUGCCGACGGUGGACACCGAGACGAUCGUGAUCCACUACCCGGACGCGUGGACGCUGUGGCACCACCUCCGCUCGAUGGCCGAGUCCGCCGCCAACCUGCAGCGCUCCGCGGUCGGCCUCGACCCGCUCCUCGCCGCCGCCUCGGCCUACGGCGAGAUUUACGGCGACGAGGAGGGAAACGUGCCCGCCGCCUUUCAGGUGGUGUACCUGAUCGGGUGGGCGCCGCACGAGUCGCAGCAGCGACCCCUCUCGCGCGGCAGCGGCCAGAUCUCGCUCAAAGAGCUCGGGCUGCCCGCGGACGAGUCGGGGCCGCUCCCGCUCGACGAGCCGCCGCCGCUGCCGCUCGGCAAACCCGGCCGGUGACGGAUCUUCAAUCCAAUGCCAGUGAUCAGAGAGAUUUUUUUGAACCCCAACAAGAAAUCUCCCUCUUGUGAUCAGUGACAGUGUCCGUUAUCCUUUA